AUGCGUGUUCGGGUUAAACCUGAAUAUUCCCCUGAGGAAUUAAUGGACGUUGCCUAUGAUUUGGAAGAUGUGAUUGAUGACCUUAUACUCAGGUCAGCCGGAAAGCAAAGCAGAAUAGGAAAUUGGGAGAGUUGCCUUUUGAUAAUCAGAAUUCAUAAGAAGCUGGAAUUGGUAAAGUCUAAGAUCCCUGCUCUACCUCGUCUCCCGAUCAUGAUAUCAAGAGGUGCCAACCAUGAUAACUACUUUGAAGAAAGGGUCUGGUCAGACAUCUUCUUGAUACACCAUCGGAGUGUGGCAAACACAAUUGUUUCCCCAGUGGAACAGAAGGUAUCAGCUCUGCUAGCUCAGGAGGUAAUUCAUCCCCAUACUAAGAAGAAAGUCAUGCGGGUGCUAGACAAAUUCAGGUCUCUGAAUGAUUUUCUGGCAGGCUUACAAUCAGUGGAAUUAGACGCUUGCGGAAUGGUUUGGAUGGAGGAGUUGUCCCAUGUUGCCCUGUCUGCUGUGACUGCCAUUGAGGACUUCAUCAAUAAAAAAGAAGAGUUCACAAAAAGAAGUUGGAUGAGACCUUCCAGGGGAUUUCUUUUUGCUUUUGGCAAAUUGAAAUCUGAGGAUAAGCUUGCUAUGGAGAUGGACAAAAUAUAUGCUAAGAUCCAGAACCUCUCUAUGCACAGACCAACAGAAUUCAGUAGACAAAGUCAAAGUCGAGACACAGAGUCCACCGUGCGAAUCUCACCACAGCCAACGAUGCAAGAACCUAAUCUCGCCAGCUUCACUGAUGAUGUACAUGCAAUGGUAAAACGGUUGCUUACAGAUGACAAGAGUUUCAGAGUGAUUCCAAUUAUGGGUAUGGAAGGCAUUGGAAAGACGACCCUUGCAAAGUUGAUCUUUAACAAUAAAGAUGUUCUAAACCAUUUUCCUUUUGGUGUUUGGACGUCUGAUGGCUAUGAAUUUCACCUACGUGACAAGGAGAAAUUGAUGGACUCCAACCUAACUCAACUAGGAGAUGUGUGGAAUUAUCAUGUUGAGUUACAACGGCUGAAAGCUUUCUUAAUUGAUAAAAGAAUCAUCAAACGGAAGUAG